UGGGCGUGAGCGAAGGAUUAGCGAGAGAUCGGGCGCUAUUGAAUCGGACGCUGAUAUCUUUAUAUUAUAAUUACAGAAUAACGCAGAAGUGUCGCAAUGGUGUCGCACUCGCUGGCUUUACCGAUGAUCUGUUUCACCACGCUGUGGGGUCUGGUCGGGGUUGUCGCCCCGUUUUUUGUACCGAAAGGACCAAACAGAGGUGUCAUCAUAACCAGUUUGGUGCUGACCGCAGUUUGCUGCUAUUUAUUCUGGUUAGUAGCAAUACUGGCCCAAACAAACCCUCUAUUUGGACCUCAGCUUAAAAAUGAGACCAUAUGGUAUCUGCGGUACUUCUGGGAGUAGAUGGAGGUGUCAUCUGGAAGACUCUGAAUCCCAUUUCUUAAGGUCACUAUUAUAAUCAAUAAAACCCACAAAAUAGUUAAGGAUCGACUCCAAGGGAACAAUAUCCGUAGUUUAACGACUUCUUCAAUUACAAAAAGAACAAUUUAACUUUUGUUUAAACGUGAACGUGUUACUUUGUAACAAGGAAUAGAACAUUUGGAAAUGAUAUACAUGUACAAAGAAAUGUAAUAGUGAUAUUCUUGUGAUGUUUAAAUAAUUAUAAGGAAAUCAGUUUGUGCUUUGGAUGUCUGAGAGUUGAGUAAACGCGUUUGUUUUGCAUUAAGGCACAUGUUAGUCUAUUUUUAUUAUGUUGUCCUCGCUUGCAUGUGACACUGUAUCCAUGUUUACUUGAUAAAAUUAUUUGUUUUAUUUAUAAAUGUGAUAGACGUUCUGUUGGUGUUUUAUGUCAUCGUGUGUAGAUUUUUGAAGCUGUUCUACAUGAAAAACUAAGGAAAUAAAGAGAGUAUUGAUGUGAA